AUGGCAUCCUUAACCCCCAAAGAACGUAAAGAAGAAGUGACAGGAUCUGCCAUGUCGGAAGGCGUGAUGAAUGGUAGCAUCGUUCUCGGCACCGCGAUGGGUGGCCUCUUUGUGGCCAUGCGGAACCCAAACUUUCGAAAGUUUACAAACUGGCAAUCGAGAACUGCAAUCGUCAUCAUGCCCGCACUCUUCACCUUUGCUCUGACCAGCGAACUCAAAAUGGACCACCGGAUGCACGAAGUGGCCGAAGAGACCGAAUUUGCCAUGAAAUCCGUCGAAUGGGCCGACCAAGAAAUGCGACGACGACAGAGGGCAAUGGGCAAGGAAGCACAAGACAGGAGAGCCAUGUACCGACAAGCCGUAUUGGGAUCGGGAAUUACUGUGGUGGAUACACCGGAAUUGCAAUCGCAUCACAAAGCUGCCAAUUUCAUUCAAACGAACCCUUUCAAAUGCAUUGGGGCAGUUGCUGUUCCAGGCGUGGCCUACGUGUUUCGGGCGCAAAAGAAGCAAGAACACUUGUCACUGCAAAUGAAGUUACUGCACACGCGAGUCUUGGGUCAAGCUACUGUUUUGAUCACUUUGCUUGGCAUCAUGGGAUUGAAAGAAAUGAUGGAUCGACGCGGCAAGUACGUUACAGAGGCCGAUGUCGAGGAUCGUGUUCGGCAGAUGGAAUCGACAAGAGAUAGCAUGAUGGAACGUUUGGAAUACGAAGCCAACCAAAGAAACAUGAGAAGUAGAUUGCAACGAUAA